GAGAGCACAGCAACUCAUCGAGGACGACGACGAGAGGAAGGGAACACUAAAUGGAGAGAGAAGAGAACUUCACCGCCUCGGCCCUUCUCCAGCCGGAGACUCCGCCUCCUCCGCAUCCGCAGAGUCCAACUUCCCGGACGAGCAGUCUCCUCUCCAUCCUCGGCCGCGCCGCCGGGCGGCGCCGGCCCUCGAUGCUCGUCCGCGAGACAGCGGCGCUCCAGCUGGAGGUGCGCCGUGCCAAUUGGGCCUACUCCAGGCCAGUGGUGGCGCUCGACAUCUCCUGGAACCUGGCCUUCGCCGCCGUAUCCGUUGCCGUGCUCGGCGCCACAGCGUGCGAGCGCCCUGGCGCUCCGCUCCGCCUAUGGAUCGCGGGCUACGCGGUUCAGUGCGUGUUUCAUGUGUUUCUGGUAUGGUCGGAGUACCGGAGGCGGGUUGGCGGACGGAGGCGAGAUGCGGAGCACGAUGGGCGGCCGGCGCCGAACUCGGGCGUCGAGGGCAGCGAGGAGGAUAUAGCCGGGGAUGGAGCUAGAAGCAGGCAAAGGAGCUUUGCUAAACGAUGUGAAUCACUUAAUACCAUUCUAUCAUUUCUGUGGUGGAUUAUUGGCUUUUUCUGGAUCGUCUCUAGUGGAAAAGACCUCGUACAAAAUGCUCCUAGACUCUACUGGUUAACUGUGGUUUUCCUAGCAUUUGAUGUGUUCUUCGCUAUCUUUUGCGUUGUUUUGGCUUGUGUUAUCGGGAUUGCACUGUGCUGCUGCUUGCCUUGUAUCAUUACAAUUAUAUAUGCCAUAGCAGGCCAGGAAGGUGCAUUGGAAGCAGAUAUUAGUGUUCUUCCAAAAUACCUGUAUCAUGCUUCUUGUGAAGACCAGGAAAAGACAGCUGAGGAAGGAGUUAUGAUCCCCUUGAAUCCUGGCAGUGGAAAUUUAUCAUGUGCGCGAGUUCUUCCACAUGAAGAUGCAGAAUGUUGCAUUUGUCUCACACCCUACGAAGAUGGAGUUGAACUGCUUGCAAUGCCAUGCAACCAUCACUUCCAUUCUUCUUGCAUCACAAAAUGGCUUCGGAUCCAUGCUACCUGCCCGCUCUGCAAGUACAACAUUCUCAAGGGCAGCGACAUUGUUUGAUCGACAGUGAUCAUCACGAUCAUCCGAUUGUACAUGUUGAAAUACAGAAAAGGUUAAAGUUAGUGCAACCCACCAUCCCGAAAUGCAAUAGCUUGGACUAAGUGCUUGGUUUGAGAAAAUCUAUAGGUUUAUACUCUCCAGGUAUGUCCUUGUUGUGGGUUCCUUGCUUGAUCUAACAUUAGAAAAGGGAAAAUAAAAUUGUGAACUUUGAUUCCUUUUAAAAUUGGACUUACAAAUGGCUCUAUCUCAUCAUUAUCGACUGCAUAUUUUAUGGUUUA